CCAAUUAUUGUUGCCAUGGAAUCAAAGAUAGAGUUCUCUGACGUCAGAGCUUUUGGUUGUCAUAUGAUCUGAUUCAGUUCCACUUUCUGCUUUGAUGUCUCAUCAGAAAGGUUAGUUGUCUCACAGCCUCAUACAAAUUUACGCAAAACACAACAAAACAAAACAAAACAAAAAACGUUUAGUAGCCUAACUUGAAAGAAACGUUUUAGAACCUAACAUUAACAUUAAGAGAGAAUAUAAUAACAGGAGAUACAGCGUUGGAAAACACAGAGGAGUUUAACAUCCUGAAAAAGCUCAAGGACUCAGGUAUUAUGGAACCACCACAGUCAUCGGCGGCUGACACGUCUAAAUCCUGCUGUGAAGCCGUAGAUGGGGCAGACGGGGACCAGCACCCACAGGAAAAUAAAUUGUCGGGAGUUACCUCGUCGGAGGACGCAGCAGAGUUGAUCAUCACGGAGAGGCACAAGGACUCUGCUGUUAUGGAGCCACCGCAGGCACUUGAUGCUGAUGAGCCAAAGUCCAACUGUGAAGCUGCAGCUGGGGCAGGUGGGGACCAGCAGCUGUCAGAGACCAUAACACGUCCCGAAGACGCACCUGCUGUAGAACUGGCAUCAUCAUCAGCUGCGGCUGAUAAAUGUGUCUCCACCACAUCAGACCAGAGCAAGCAGCAGCUGGUGUUUGUCUGCGAUGUGACCUUCAUGGUGCUCAAAGACUGUGGAGCUAUAGGUCCCCACACCGAUACCAAGCAGGAGUGGGAAGCUCCCGUUGGACGCCUGGCGGCCCAGACGAUGAACGGACUCCGCAUCUCGUCGAAAUUCUGUCCUGACAAGAAACUCAUUAAAAAAGUCUCCAAAGCGGUUUUAAAAGACCUGCAGAAGACAUUCAGUCGCGAACAGCUUGAGUCUGUGCUAUUAAUGCAGGAUCCAGCCAUGGAAAUUGCAAUCGUCAAGUCAAUAAAAUCCCGCAUGAUAGAGAUAGCUCCUCGCCAUCAGAAAAGGAAAGAGUACCUGGGGAUGCUUAAAAACACACUGAAAGUCUUCAUUUUCUUAUCAUCCUUCUCGGUGGCUCUUGUCGUAAUCGAGAUCAUUUUUUUCUGAUGUCCAUCUGCAGGAGAAGAAGGCCAGCAGCAAGAGUCUAUAAAAGGUCCCCAUACUUAUGGGCUACCUUUCAAGAGUCUGGUUUGGAGUCUCAACCUCCUCCUGGCAAUCAUUAAAUAUAAAAACUAUUCCAGAUCAGUUUUUAAGUUUGCCAGUUAUUUAUUUUUCAUAAAUCAUGCCUGUUUAUUAUUUUAUAUUUUUAUACUUCUGUUGAAUAUUGUAAUAUUGUAUUAACAUGGUAUCCAUCUAUUAUAUUCAUUAUAGUUGUAUCAAUAGAAGAAGUCCCUGCUUGAUCAGUUAAAAAAACAAAACAGAGACUUUUAAAAAGCUUGAAAGUCUGGUAUGACCACCUUUAUUCUUCAACACAGCCUGGAGAGCGUUCUGGAUAUCUUAAGUAGUCAUCAGGAAUAAUCCUUCAGCUUCUCAAAAGACAUUUAAAGAUCUUCUUUGGAUGUGGGCUGCCUUUAGUAAGAUUCUUUGUCUACAUGAUCUCACACUGCUUCAGUAUUGCGGGGUCUGGGCUCUGGGGAGGCCAGUCCAUAACUCUGCUCUGUUGUGUGUUUUUGCAUCCAGGUAUGUUUUUACUGCACUCGUGCAGUGUUUGGGAUCAUUGUCAUCCGGAAAAAUGAAGCUGUCGUGUAUUAUAUGACUUCCAGAUGGUAUUGCUU